GCAUGGGAUCGAGGCGGAACGUUUCUAAACGUUUGGCGGCCAUCUCUGAGGUUUUCAAGAAGUUGGUAAUUUUUGCAAUCCGGUUGCAUCUGGUAACUUCAGCUUGCAACCAUGAAACUUGUUAGGUUUUUGAUGAAACUAAGCCAUGAAACGGUGACAAUCGAACUAAAAAAUGGAACAGUUGUUCAUGGAACUAUCACAGGUGUGGAUAUGAGUAUGAACACACACUUGAAGGCUGUGAAAAUGACUAUAAAGCACAAGGAACCAGUACAGUUAGAGUCACUGAGCAUCAGGGGCAAUAAUAUUCGCUACUUCAUUCUCCCAGAAAGCUUACCAUUAGACACACUUUUAGUUGAUGAUGCUCCCAAAGCCAAGGCUAAAAAGAAGGAAGCAGCUGCUAGAGGAAGAGGUCGUGCCACUAGUGGGAGAGGCAGAGGGCGUGGCAGAGGCAGGGGUAGAGGAAGAAGGUGAUCUCACAUUCAGAUCACAAAGCUAAAACAUUAACAUCUAAAACUGGAGGAUCCCUCAAGUUACUGUGGCUUUUUUGAUUCUAAAACUCUCCUAGAGAUGCUAAGAAUUAUUAAAUUGGAUCUAUGCCAAGAUGAUAUCAUUGACAAUACUGCACUUUGUUAGUGAUAGCAGCUUAAAUUAAAAUAUUGUAGCAUUCAUAAAGCCAAUGCAAUGAGGCCACGAGGACCAGUCUUAACUACACUAUUUUAUAGAGUGUAGGAUUGUGGUAUAGUGUAGCUUCAAUCCAGAGGGAUACAGUGGAGUGGCUGUAAGGAUUUAACCUGAUCUGCAGGAAAACAGGAGUUUGUUAAAAAAGAGAACAGUUUGCAUACAAGUUUUUUUGGUUUGUUAGUAAAAUGUAAAUAAAC